AUGUACGUGAACCACGGAACGCGCGCUCCCGCCGGUGUGUGCCUCCUUUGCCGACCCCCAACCCCCCGUCUCGCCGGCGGCGGCGAGUCCUUCAACGUCGGCCGUUUUCUGGAGCCAGUCUCCCCGGCGGCAUGGGCGAAUCUCGGCAUCUCGCUGUGCUUGGGUCUGUCGGUAGUCGGUGCGGCAUGGGGCAUUGCCGUUACCGGCUCGUCUAUCCUCGGUGCGGCCGCGAGGGCGCCGCGCAUCCGCACCAAGAACCUCAUCUCCAUCAUCUUCUGCGAGGUCGUCGCCAUCUACGGCGUCGUCGUGUCCAUUGUGUUCUCGUCCAAGUUGCAAGAGACGAACAAGCGAACAAAUACAUUUGUCAAGAUGAUGGUCGUUGAGAUUUUCGGCUCGGUCUCGGGCUUGUUCGGUCUCAUUAUUGGCCUGCUUGUUUCGAUCAGGGGAAAGGCCCUUCCUAGCCGAGCUUUCAGGCUCUGCAGUGUGGAGAAGCAAGAUAUUACAGAAAUACAGAAUGAAGUGUAG